AUGAGUAGAGCUACCAUCAUGUCACCUACCAAAGCCUUCGAUUUCACGGGCCAAGUAGCCAUCGUCACCGGCGCAGGAUCUCGCAUGGCUGGCAAAAUUGGCAAUGGACGUGCAACUGCGAUCCUGCUCGCCCGACAGGGCGCCAAGGUUGCUUUAGUGGACUACAACAUCGAAUGGGCACAGGAAACGAAACGAAUGAUUAAUCUCGAGGGUGGUACAUCAAGAGUUAUACAGGCUGAUGUCACUGAUGAGGAGAGUUGCCAAAAGGCUGUCGCUCAGACAGUUGAGAUCUUUGGGGCAGUAAACAUUCUUGUGAACAUUGUUGGGGUCGGAGGUGCCAUGGGCGAUGCUACAAAGGUUGAUCUUGCCGCAUGGGAGCGUGAUCUGAGAAUUAAUGUGAUGAGUAUGGUUUUGAUGAGCCGGCAUGUCAUCCCGGAAUUGAGGAAGUGCGGGCGAGGUGCCAUCGUCAAUAUGUCCUCCGUCAGCGGUCUCCUGGGAGGCAAUCCCAGUCUUUUGUACCCUACCAGUAAGGGCGCAAUCAUCCAAAUGACCCGAGCAAUGGCUGCUCAACAUGGACCUGAGAAUAUCCGAGUUAAUUGCGUGUGCCCUGGAAUGGUAUUUCCUCCUAUGGUACGAGGGAGGGGAAUGACGGAUGAAAUGCGUCAAGCACGUAUCAAUCAGAACCUCCUCAAGCAGGAGGGAACGGGCUGGGAUGUUGGCUAUGCCAUACUAUUUCUUUGCAGCCAAGAAGCUAAAUGGAUUACUGGGUUGAUUAUGCCAGUAGAUGGAGGGACAACGGCGGGAAAAGCAGACAGACCAGCCCUCAAGGCUGAUACAUUGGCAGAACAAACCUCAGGAAUUCCGAACAACGCAUGA